GGGAAAUUAAUCACAAUAAUAAAACAAAUUGCUAAUUUAUUUAUUACUUUUACAGUUAUUUAUUUCUACUACCUACCUACGUAUUUAUGUUAUCCUUUCACAUAUAACUUUAAACAGGUUCCUAUAAUAAUUUCUGACAGUAGAUCAUUUAUAAAAAUGGCUAAAAGAGCGAAUCCAUUUUUAGAAGAUUUUGUUCCUCAAAGUAAAACUCAUGUUGGAUUAAAACAAUUCAAUAACAAUGAGUAUAGAUUGCAGAAAGUAUACGAAAAAACUUUAGAUCUUCUAUUCAAAGGCGCGAAAAAAUCACUCGCUCACGAUUUAAUCGACUCGAACAUCACUGUUCUAAAGAAGAAAGAUAAUAUGAAACAGUUAGUUAUAGGGAAAGAUGGUUGCCUUCACUCUGGUAAUGUGAUGGUGGAGAAGAGUAGAAGCACAGUCCAAUGUAAUUGUGGAUCGGAAUCAGAGUCCAGCUGUGCUUACUGCGAGAGGUCGCUGUGUGUGUGCUGCCAGCAUCACUGCGCCCGGUGUGCACACCCAUAUUGCUCACAGUGUUCACUUAUUGGAUUGGAAGGCGCAGAAGUAUGUGUGUCCUGUUAUGGUUAAAUAGAGAAAUUCGUAGUUAUUUCGUUGAUGCAUGUACAUAUAUAGUUACAAUUGAAGUUGUUUGUAAAUACGAUGAAUUUGUAAUAAUACACGCAAUAGUCUAAUUAGAACUAUUAGUAAUUUAAAGGCUCAGAGCUAAUAAUUGACUGAAGUUAAUAUUAAGGACUUAUUUUAAUUGUUACAAAAUAUAUAACUAAUAAUGAUAUUAAAUAAAAGAAACUUUUCAAUUAU